UUGAAUACAAGUAACGACGAUGUGCGAUGUGAUUAUGUGUUGCAACAAUAAAAUAAAAAUGUUCUCUCUGAAUCAAAUUGCACAUGGCGGCCAUAAAACACCAUGGAAGCAGCUCUCCGUAGAAAAUAGACCAAAAUCAGACACUGACCACCCCAAGCACCACCGGAACAAAUCAAAACCGCCGCCGCAACCCGACUAAGGCGGCUUCUCCUCGGCAGGAGAUCCUGACCUGACCUUAACUUCCGGAGCCUGAAGGCUGUAGUGUCGAUCCAAAAUGACUACGACCCGCGAGGACGUGCUGCUCCAGAUGGGCGAGGUGCGCUUCAAGAAGGGCGACGGAACGCUGUACGUGAUGAACGAGCGGAUCGCGUGGAUUGCCGAGCACCGGGACACGGUCGCCGUGAGUCACCGGUUCCAGGACAUCAAGAUGCAGAAGAUUUCGCCGGAGGGCAAGCCGAAGAUUCAGCUGCAGGUCGUGCUGCACGACGGGAACAGUUCGACGUUUCAUUUUGUCAAUCGGAAUGGGGCUCCGGCGCAGAUGGCGGACAGGGACAAGGUGAAGGAACUGCUGCAGCAGCUGUUGCCAAACUUUAAGCGUAAGAUUGAUAAGGAGCUGGAGGAGAAGAAUCGGGUCCUGACGGAGAAUCCGUCGCUGCUGCAGCUUUAUAAGGAUUUGGUGAUCACCCAAGUGCUGCCCAGCGAUGAGUUCUGGGCGAACCACGCGAAGCAAUACCUGUCGAAGGAGAUUCAGAGCCAGCGGCAGGACAUUGGCGUUUCGGGAGCGUUCCUGGCGGAUAUUAAGCCGCAAACCGACGGGUGUAACGGGUUACGGUACAAUCUGACGUCGGACAUUAUCGAGUGCAUUUUCAAGACGUACCCGGCGGUGAAGCGGAAACACGCCGAGCACGUUCCGGCGAAGCUGUCCGAGUCGGAGUUCUGGACCAAGUUCUUUCAGUCGCACUACUUCCACCGGGAUCGGAUCGCGGCCGGUACCAAAGACAUCUUCACUGAGUGCGGGAAGAUCGACGAUCAGCAGCUGAAGCAGGCGGUUCAGGAGAAUCUGGGCGAUCCGCUGCUCGAUAUCCGGGGCUUUGAGGACAACACGCUUGAGGACGGGUUCUGCAGUGCGGUGUCCAGCAAGCAAACGGUCAACAGCGGGAACAUUGUCCACCAGAGCAUGAUCAAACGGUUCAACCAACACUCGUUCAUGGUGCUGAAGACGUGCACCGAUGUCAAAACCCUCAACAGAGGCAUCGGGUCGAUCCUGAACGCCACUCCUGGUGCCAACGGAACCACCGCAAACGGCGAUUCCAACGGCAAGGACAAAUCCAAAGCCCUGACCAACAACAACAACAACGUCGUCAACGGGUUCGGCAAAAAGGACAAACACAACAACCACAUUGCCAACGGGGACGCCACCAACGGGAACGGCCAUCCCACCGGUCCGGAAGAACCGCUCGUCGAACCCGCCAUCAAGCGGGCCCGCAUCCAGGAGAAGAUCCACUACGACGAUCUGGAGGACGACCCGGACGCGAGUCUGGCGCCGAAACAGCUGAAUCUCACCAAGAUCGAACGGUACCUGCACGGACCUGUGCCGUCGACGACGUCCUCCAGUGGUGGCGGCGGCGGAAGCUCUUUUCACGACCCCCAGGACGCGGGGCACGACAUGGAGUCGGUCAACGGGUACAUCCAGCAGGCCACCGGCUCGUGGAACAACCGGACGCCGCACAAAGUGCUAGUCAGCGCGAAGGCUGCCGUCGGUGCGCUGGGCGAGCUCAGUCCCGGUGGGGCGCUGAUGCGGGGCUUCCAGGAGCAGAGCUUAGCGCAACUCGUUCCGCCGGACAUCGAGAAGGAGAUCCGCAACCUGUACCUCUCGCUGCUGGAGCUGCUGAAGCACUUUUGGAAGUGCUUCCCGCCGACGAGCCCCCAGCAGGAGACGCAAGCGGUGCGGAUGCACGAGGCGCUCCAGCGCUUUACGAUGGCGAAGCUGAAGCCGUUCGAGGACCGUGCCAUGAGGGAACUGUUGCCAUUGGGCGCGUCCCUGACGCAGCAUUUAAACCAGCUCCUGCAGUCGGCGAACCGGCGCUACGGCACGUGGCAGGAACGGCAGCGCCGUCAGCACAGGUAGCACCACCACCACGGUCGUCACCUUCGCCACCACCACAAUCCGUAUUCGCCACUGUCCCCGGGCGGAUCGUCGUCCUCCUCGUCGUGUUCCUCGUCGCCGGCCGCGUACCGCCACCACUCGUCACUCGUCAAUCAUCAUCAUCCUGCGGCCGGAGCAGCCGGAGCAGCAUUCGGGGGGCCGCACUUUCUCCAGCAAAUGUUUGCCAAUCCGAGGCGGCCUCUUUAAAGAAAUACUCCCAAAUUUUGUGCAAAUUUGGUUUCCAGUUACUGUUUGUGGCUUGUCAUGAAAAUUUAGGGGAAGGAAAGAGAGAGAGAGAGAAGGACCACAAUUUAGUUUUUAGUUUAUAUAUUUUUUCGGGAAUGUUACGAGAAAGGAAAAGAAUAGGAACAAAAAAUAAAAACGUAAAUGUGUCUGUUGAACAGGUCAACACAGAAGCAAGUUAAAUAAAACUAAAAAGGCAAAGGCAUCAGUGAUUGAAUUAGAAGGGAAACAAGUAAUCAGUAAAAAGUAAAAGAAUGAAUAAAAUUAAAAAAAAACAAAACUAGUGAUAUUGAAGAGAAAAUAAAACAAAUAACCAAUUGAAACAAUUAAGAUUGUGAUCAAUUCUCCAAGAGUUGACUUAUUUGCUGUUUUGAUAUCCAAUUUAACAAAUACACACAACACACAAAUAUUAACAGUCGAUUGUUUCUUCCUGCCGUGCGCACAUAACAAACGCAGACACACACUUUCUUGUACACACCAACAAAACAAAACAUUACACACAAAUCAUGCGGAAAAAAAAUACAAGCAAACGACUGAGAAUGCCUUGCGAAGAAAGAAAGAGAAAAGAAAGUAAAGGUUAGUUUAGCAAACCAACUCGAACCAAGAUCAAUUACAGCCUCAAAUUAGCUCUUUAAAAAAAGCACGCUUAAGUUGUUUCUUCGCUUUUAAUUUGUUGACCAAUCAAAUCUACUAGUAGUGAUGGUAAGAAAAAUGUUCCAAUCGCGCGCGAGGUCGCGCGCUUUACUUUUAUGUUACCCUUUUCAAAAAAUAAAAUUAAAAAAGUUUGUUUUGUUGUGAGUAUAGGUCUAAAAAUCAUGUUUAUUAUUUUUUUUUCAAAAUUCUUUUGUUAGUUGCGCCAAAACAAGAAAAGCUUGUAUUAGGGUCGAGUAGGACGGGAUUUUUGGGUUUGGAAAUAAAAAAAAAGUUGCUAAAUUUGGAUUGAAUAUUAAAAUGUAAAAGGAAACAAAACUGAAAAUCAAGUAAUUAUUAUCAAAACAAAACAACAAAAAACACGCGUAUUCUGCAGUAUCAUUUAUACGGAAGUAAAAGAAAAUAAAACUUGCUAAAAAGCAUAACAAAUGAAGAAAAUCGAUAGAACACAGUAUAAUAAAUGAGGAAAAAGUUAGAAAUUA